AUGUUGCCUGUGGCUUUUGGAUUGGAUCAGGAGAUACCGGACUACGAUAUGGACUCUGAUGACGAACAGUGGUUGAACAAGCAGGCCAAAAAGAUGGAAAUCAAUCCUCUCCAGUUUGAGGAAAUGAUGGACAGGCUAGAGAAAGGGAGUGGACAACAGGUUGUCACUCUCCAGGAGGCCAAACUUCUCCUAAAAGAAGAUGAUGAUCUCAUUAUUGCUGUGUAUGACUACUGGCUCAACAAAAGGUUAAAAACUGCACAUGCUCUCAUUCCACAAGUGAAGACAGAAAAACGUGAUGGCUCUACAACUAACAAUCCCUAUGUGGCCUUCAGGCGACGGACAGAAAAGAUGCAGACAAGGAAGAAUCGUAAAAAUGAUGAAGUAUCUUAUGAGAAAAUGCUCAAACUACGACGAGACAUCAGUAAAGCUGUGACAAUACUAGAAAUGAUCAAACGAAGAGAGAAAGCCAAGAAAGAACUCCUCAAGCUCACAAUAGAGAUUGUGGAGAAGAGAUACCAAGCCACAGACUUUGAUGGCAAACUUCUAGCAGAGGCCAAUGCUGAGAGGCUCAAAUUUCCCUCAUUUUUGCCAAUACAGACCCAAUACAAUAACUGGAAGGAAGAAGUUGGUUUUGUACGAAAAAAGCGUGAAUACAAGAAGAGAAAGCACAAGCAGCAGCAGAACCAGCAGAGACAGCAGCAGGAAGCGGUCCAGCUCCCUCAUUACAACGAGGUGGACAUCCUGCAAACAGAUUACUUUUCUUCUGAGGAGGAGCCAGUGUCACCACCUCUUUCUCAGUCUGACCAUGAAGAUGAAAAUGAUCCUGAUGGUCCAUAUGCAUUUAGAAGAAAAAAUAAUUGUUAUUAUUUAGCUCCUAUCGAUGAUUACCUUGGCAACUGGCCAUGGAGUAGUCGAGAAGAAGGGGGCUGGGGUGAUAAAAAAUAUAGGUAUAAUCUCUCCUCGCUGUCCUCACCCCGACAGUGUGUGGGAUAUGUCCGGCGGAGGAUUGGGCGAGGAGGAAGGGUUCUACUAGACCGAGCUUAUACUCCAUGGGACGAUACGCUGCACGAGUUAGACAUCAGCAGUUCUACCUCAGGGAACUCUCACAUAGAUGAUUACAUUCAUUAUAUUCAGAAUGAGAAAGUGCCCCAUUUCCGACCAAAAACUCCGACAGAAGAGGACUUCUACCAGUCUUCAACUGUGGAUGAAACCUACACUGCCAUUCCAGUCAGCACCGAGUUUAAUCUAGAAAGCUUCCAGGCCCACCAGGAGCAGCUGUUACUCAUGCAGAGACAGCAACAAGAACAGCUGAUCAAAAUGGAAACAGAAACUUUAGAUAGCUCAAUUAAUCUAGGACAUUCCUUCUGCUCACAGCCCACGUCCCGAUUCACAUUGGAUUCUGCCACGGCGCAGUUUGCGGUGUCUGCUGUGGUAAAUAAUGUGCAGGUGACUGGUGCUCAUGCUGCUGCGCUGACGAAUGGACCCAUUAUGGACAGUAAGUGGUCACUGAGCACACUGUUAAGGAUAUAUACCCACUCUGUUAGCCAAUGUCAGGCAAAAAAAAAACUGAUUUUAUGUAAAACUGUGAAUCAUGUUAUGGUCAUGGACAUUAAUUUCAGAGAAAGUUUGGUUAUUUUUCUAAUGACAUCUUUUUUGUGAAAUGUGUUAUUUAUGGUCUCUUGAUGUUCUGUACAACCUGGGCUUGUAUCAUAAAAAUUUGAACAUCAAACAGGAAUUAUGCAUCAAUACUAUUGGAUGAUGCAAACAAUUUUCUUAGAAUUACUCACUUAAGAUUUUAUCACUAACAAGUCUGGGUAACACCAA